AUGUCUGAUUUACGUCGUGAAAGAGAUAAAACUCGUAUUCGUGGUAUUAGUAAUAAUGUAGUUUUAUCUAAUAGCAAUUCUUAUUCGACAUCAACAAAACAUAGCGGAGAAAAAGAUGAUCGUUCACAUCGGAAACGUACAAAUGAAGAUCGACGAGAAGUAUCAUCAACAUCAGAGAGAAGUACUAAUAUUCACGCCAAAGUGUAUGUUGGAAAUGUACCGACCGAACGUUUGAGUGAUACAGAAUUAUUAGAUUUUUUUAAACCUUUUGGCCAAGUUGCGGAUAUUCGUGUUUAUAAAGGAUAUAUAUUUGUUCAAUAUGAUCGGGAAGAAGACGCAAGAAAAUUAAUUAAAGAAGGACAGAAUACAUUGACGUUGAAAGGAAAUAAACUUGAUGUAUUACCUGCAAUGGACGCGAGUAGUGACCCUUCAAAUACAUUGACAGAAAAAGAUUCUCAUCCACAGACAUCGCAAUCAAAACAGCAGAAAAACACAUCCGGCACAGUGGCAACAACAACAACAACGUCUUUAUCAUCGACACAAACACAACCAUCAACAAGUGAAAGCUAUACAAAUAGAGAUUAUGAGCGACAGGAACGUAUACCAAUAGGUUCAUCACGUUACAAAGAAAUAAGAGAUUAUUCUCCUCGUCGUUCCAUAUCGUCACGUGAUCGAGAUAAUAUUGGUUUAGCCUCAUCUUCAUCAACCUCAACAGUGCCGCGUCAUUCAACUAGCCGUGAGGCAUCCACUCAUCAGCAUCAUCAUUCAACAAGAUACUCUUAUAAUGAAGAGCCAGCAAGAAAAAGGGUAGCACGAGCAAAUGGUGAACAACAUUAUGUUAAUGAACAGCUUGUUUGCAGUGAUACUGAAGAUGAACGUCGUUAUUCAUCGUCGACUUCUUCAGCGAUAUCAUCUUCCAUUCCAUCACGCGAUCCAUAUGUUUUUCGUCGUACACCAGCUACAGACCAACGUCCUUUAGUUACACUACUGAGUGGACCACCUACAGAUUCAAAUCAAUUGGUUGAUUGUGAAAUAAUUAUUGUCAAUCCGCACCAACGUGAUUAUGCUGACGAGAUUGAAUCUCGUUUGCGUACCCAUGGCAUGGUUACAUCUAUAUUAUUAUUGAGAGAGGAUUAUUCAUUGACUCAAGCUGUUGAUUCGAGUGCCAAGAGACAAUGUUUGUUUGCUGUUAUCGCCAUGCCAUUACAUGAGCAAAAAAGAACAGCGUCAUUUCACAUACUUUAUGGACAAACAGAAGAACAUCGUAAUUUAUCAUUAGAAGACGGUUAUCAUAUAUUAUUAACAAAUUUUAUUGAAUAUCAAGAAAUGUUACGAAAACGAGCAACAUCAACAACGGAUCAGUCUGCGACUUAUAAUUAUCCUCAGGUGCAUGCACAUCAUCCACCGAUUAUGCUACGUCGAACACCUUCCCCCGUUCACGCGAACCACCACCACAAUCAAGAAGUAGAUACUUACCCUCAUCAACAUUCAACGAGAAUUGUUCAUCAGCCAUUAUCGUCUACAUUGGAUCCACUACAUAUAAAUGCUCCACCAAUUGUAGGCGAUAAAUUACCGUUACCAAUGUUACUUUGUUUAUUAGCCGAAAGAAGGCAGCUAACUCUUGAAGAAAUUGAUCGUGUGCUAGUUUAUUUAUUGGAGAAAAAAUCGGAAAUGCUUGGAUUACCGUGCGGUACAUUGCCGCCACUACCCGCUCAAUAUGCUCAAUCAAAAGUAACUGCAGCAUCAGCAGCCGCAGCGAUGUCAUCAACAGGUCAAUUAUCAUCAUCAACAAUUACCAUACCGUCGAGCAUAAUUCCAACAAAUCAAAAUCAAAAUUCAUCAACAACGAAUACAAGCACAACGGCAGUUACACCGUCAACAGACACGCUAACACAAACAAUUUCAUUGGAUAUAGCAGCACAAAUUCGUCAGAUAUUAAGUUCAACAAUGCAAGGUGUAGGUUUAGUAACAUCAGAUCAACAGCUAAAACCAACAUCAGCAGUUGUCGAAGAGACAAAAAUGCCUGUAAUUAAUGAACAACUAACAUCAGUAAUUAAAAAAGAUCCUGAACCAGUGGAAAAAAAAGAAAAGACACCGCCUCCAAUUCAAUUUCAAACAUCAACUCCAGUAACUGAUACAUAUAAUAAACAUCAACAGCAAAGUAGAUCUUUUAGUUAUAAUAAUUUGAAUACGAAUCAAAAUUCAAGAAAGACUAAUCAAAAUCAAAAUCUCAAAUCUCAACGUGGUGUUCAUAUAGGAAAUAGCACAAAUAAUAACAACAAUGGAUUAAUCCAGCAGAAUGUGAAUCCAUUUACGUCACCAAACGAAAAUAUUAAACAGGCAGCUGCUGAAUAUGUUCAAAAUCAACAAAAUCAACAGAAUCAACAAAAACAAGUAUUACAAGCGCAAGCUCAAGCUAUCAAACAACGACAACUACAACAACAAACAAAAGGACUAUCUACUAUUAAUAGUGUACCAACAUUUCAAUCAUCAAAUUGGAAUCAAACUCAGCAAUCUCGGCCCAUGCAACAGCAGCAACAACCGACAGCAUCCACAGCAACAUUUUCUUAUAAUACUAAUAGUAACAAUACUAAUGCUAAUACUAAUAAUCUAAUGAAACCUAAAUCUGAUAACUCGGCUACAGCUCCACCAUUCCACUAUCCAGCUGAAUCGGCAACAUUUAGCGAUCAAAAUUAUUCAAAUUUUCCCAAUCAGUAUGCUUCAUUUGUCACAGAACAGAAACCUCCGUUACCUCCACCACAGGAGCAGCAACCUCCUCCUCCUCCUCCACAACAACAUCCAGCAAAUAAUAUUGUUGUUGUUCCAAAUACGCCUACUUAUAUUAUGAACACCGGUCCAGGCCUUUUACAAAUGCCUAGUCAUCAAUCAACGACACAGUAUUUAACAACAACUACGCCAAAUUAUACGGUGGUAACAAACACAACUAAUGUCAAUAAUCGUUCGCUUCAACAACGACAACAACAACAGUCAUCUUCCCAAACCAAUUAUCUGCCACCAAAUUAUGUGACAAAUACUGCAGUUGAUGCUACAGCUCUUUAUCAGCAAUAUACACAGUAUGUGCAGCAAGGUACUACACCAAUACAACAAACAAUGAUACGAAAAUAUACAUGGCGUAUUCGUUUUUGUGGUUGUAUUCCGAUUAUCUUAUGUGAAUUAUUUUUACCAGUUGUGUUGCUCGGCGUGGUUUUUGUUGUUCAAUAUUUCCUUGGCAAUAACGAAAAUGUUGUAGAUGUUACAAAAAGUGUAAGAAAACGGCGACAAAAUAUCGGAGAAAUAUUGGGUAAUAUUCCUGAUCAAGUUAAAUGUCCUAUAACAAUUGAUGAUAAUAAAAAAUUGUUAAAUCCGCAAUGGAGUGACAGAUGUUUGUUAUUUCCAAAGAUUUAUGAUAGAGAUACGCCAUCAAUAUAUCCUGAUGGAGAAAUGUUAAAUGAUCAAUUUAUACCUACACAAUUAUACAUAGAUGGAUUAUAUGGACAAGUUUUAAAAUCAUUUCUAAAUGGAAUGAAAGAAUUUUUAACCGAACAUCAAUGUUUAAAUACGAGUAUGCAUGUUCGAACAGUUAAAACAAUACUUCAACCGAGUAAUAAAAUACCGAUAUCUGAGAAACAAACGGCAUUCUUACUUAAUAAUAAAUUUGGUAAUCGAAUUAUUGUUGAAUUCAAAAAUUUUGAUAAAUAUAAUAUUGAGUAUAACAUAAUUGUACGUGCACCAAGAAAUACAACUGUCCGAAAAGAUGGCAAAUUUCGAUUGAAUCAUGAAUUUCUUUAUUCACUUCAUACGCCAUCUGAAAUACAUGAUUCUCAAAAAGAACAAUUUGCAAAAUUUUCUAAUAUUAAAAUGGCUGUUGACAUCGUUGCAGCGAGAUAUUUUUCUCAUAAACCAAAACUCAAUCUGAAAAUACAACGUAAAUCGUUAACUUGUACAAAAUAUAAAUCUGAACAAAAUGUUUUCGAUCGUGUUCCAUUACGUGUUAAUCAAGUAUUUCUCAAUAUGAUAUUUUUAUUUUCUUAUUUUAUACUAGCAAAUUCAAUUAUUAAAGAACGAAAUCAAAAAGUAAAAGAAAUUCUUAAAAUAAUUAAUAUACCACCAUUAUUAAACAAUUUUGCUUGGUCCUUACGUACGUUGAUUAUAAUGUUAUUAGUUACAAUGGGUUUAACAUGUUUAUGGAAAAUACCGAUUAAUAAAACAUACGGUUCACUCUUCUCCAAUGUUAGUCUCAUAUAUAUUAUAUUAACAUUUGUCUUUUUAUCAAUACAAAUUACAUCCUAUGCAAUAUUUUUUGCUCAAUUAUUUAAUUCAUUUACAACAACAUUUAUAUUUUCAAUUAUUAUAUUUAUAAUUAUGAUGACAUUGGGUUAUAUUGGAUCUCAUUUACCCGUUCUUUUGAGUUAUCUAUUGUGUAUGAAUCCAUUUUAUAGUACAAUAUUUAUUUUAACACAUCAAUAUUUAUUUGAACGAGCUUAUGUUAAUAUAACACUAUUUAAACCUUUAUAUAAACAAGCACCAAGAAUUGGUCUUUGUUGGUUAUCAAUUAUCAUGUCAAUUGGAUUUUAUUGGUUUCUUGUUUGGUAUGUGGAAAAAAUUAUGCCAGGUGAUUUUGGUAUACCACUUCCAUGGAAUUUUAUCUUUACGCGUGAAUAUUGGGAAGCUGUUGAUGAAAAUGUAUUAUUUAGACAAAGUCAAUUAUCUCUAUCAACUCAUGAUAGUGAACAUUCAUUAAAUGACAGCUCAUCAGCUAUUGUAGAAAUUAAAAAUUUAGUUAAAAAUUUUGGUCUCGAGCGUAAUGCCGUUGAUGAUGUAACAUUUUCAUUGUUCACAAAUGAAAUUACUGGUCUAUUGGGACACAAUGGAGCAGGUAAAACGACGAUUAUGAAUAUGUUAAUCGGAAUAUUUAGUCAAACAUCUGGUACCAUAAAAGUAUUGGAUAAAGAUACAAAAUUUCAUAUGGAUUAUAUUAGACAAUUUAUGUCCUAUUGUCCACAACAUGAUAUUUUGUUUGAUUUACUCACUGUUCAAGAGCAAGUUGAAUUUCAUGCCAUUGCUAGAGGUUACGAAGCGAAUAAAGAUGCUAUAUGUACAAAUUUACUGCAGAUGGUUAGCUUAUUAAAAGAUCGACAUGUUUAUUGUCAAGAUUUAUCAGGUGGUAUGAAACGUCGAUUAUCUAUAGCGUGUGCAUUUAUUGGAGAUACAAAAAUUGUUUUAUUAGGUUUAGAUCCAAGUAAUCGUCGAUUGUUAUGGAAUUGGAUUCGUUCUGUGAGAGAAAAUCGAACAAUUUUAUUAACAACACAUUUCAUGGAAGAAGCAGAUGCAUUAUCUGAUCGUAUAAUAAUAAUGGUUGAUGGUAAAAUUAAAGCUGAUGGUAGUAGUAUAGAAUUAAAAACACAAUUUGGUUCCGGUUAUAAAUUUACAAUAGCAAAAAUUGUCGAAUUAAAUAUAAAUAUUUAUGAUACAAUUUUACACUAUUUACCACAUGCGGAAAUUGAAUUAGAAUCAAAAGAUGAAAUUGUUAUUCGUGUAAAUGUUUCACCAAAUCAAAAUUUUAUUAAUUGUUUAAAACAAUUAGAAUUUAUGAAAUAUUAUGAACAAAUUGCCAAUUAUGGCGUAUCAAAUACAACAUUAGAUGAAGUAUUUUUAAAAAUUGCUGUUGAUAAAGUAGAAUCAAAUACAAGUACAAAUCAAGAUACCAUACGAGAUGUUGAUAUUAAAGAAAAUUGUUUUGAAGUAUUUGAUCAACGAACAAUUGAAGAUGGCUACGAUUAUUAUAUAAGUCAAUAUGAAGGUUUAAUAAUAAAAUCAGUUCAAAUAUGUUCAAGACGAUGGUUUCUUGCUCUAAUUUUAAUCAUAUUACCGAUUGGAAAUCGAUUUUUUAUAAGAACAGAAGUUACAACAAAUAUUGAAAGUUUUGAUAUGAAUUAUGAAUAUUUUUAUCCACAAAAAAUUUAUAUUCAAAGUACAUCACAAACAUUAUUAGAUAAUAUGAUAAAUACUAUAGGAAAUAAAUAUACAAUUGUUGAUCAUCAUGUACAAUCUAUUCAUAAUAUUGAUGAAUUGAUUCAUAAUCUUCGAAUACGCGAUCCAUAUACCUAUUCAACAGUUCAUUUUGGAUUUUUUAUGGAUAAACCGAAUGAAAUAGAAUAUGUCAAUUCACAUUUAACACUUGGUUACGAGGCAUUGAAUAUAGCAAUGAAUAUACUUUAUAAAGAAGCGAUAGAAGAUCAUAAUUCUGGUAUUUUAAUUAAAUCAAAAUUACUCUAUAGAAUAAAUCCCAAUGAUCAAAUGAUGGAAGCAAAUUUUCUUAAUUUUAUUCAAAUCUAUGGACGAUUUUGUCUUUCAAUUGCAAAUCCACCCGAAUUAUUAAUAUUAGAAUUAUUAUCAUAUUAUUUAAUAUUUUUUUAUAUAAGUGUAUUUGUUAUAUCAGAAAAAAAAGAUCACUUUCUUCAUUUAUUGCAUAUAUUUGGUCUUCAUCCAUUGAUGUAUUGGUCAUCACGUUAUCUAGUUGAUUUAUUAAUAUGUGGCAUAUUUAUUUUAAUUAAUUGGAGUGUUUACGAAGGUUAUAAUCAUUUGUAUUUAGGAGAAGAAAAAAGUCAUACGAUACAAAAACAAAAUGAAGUAAUAUUAUAUCGAAAAUAUUAUCAAUUAGUUAUUGUUAUUUGUAUAAAUAUUUUACCAUUUGUUUAUCUGUUAUCGAAACUAUUUAAAUCCGAUUUAUUAGGUGGAUUAUUUAUAUAUUUAAUUAUUGUUCUUACCGAAUGUUUUGAAUUUGCUCGCGCAAUGCUACAAAUUGUUGGACUACUAAGUGAAGGAAAGAAAAGAAUUAGUUAUUGGUUAACAACAGUAUUAUGUCCAAAUUUAAAUUCUAAACGAUUAAUUUCGUAUAUGUUAAAAGAGUUUAGAAUGAGUCCUGAUAGUAAACCAAAUAUGAAACCGGAGUAUAGUGAUAUGCGUUACUAUGCCCAUUUUUUUGUUUUACUUAUGCAAGUGGGUGGCAUCUUGCUAUUGUUGGUUUUAAUUGACACUGGAAUGAUUAAACAAGCAAUUAACAAUAUGUCAUUGAUGCCCAAUGUGCAGUGUGUAUUGUUUUUUAUUCCAUUCGAUGAAGCGAAUUUAGAUGAAGAUGUUUUGGAUGAGCGGAAAAAAAUAUUAACUAAUGAAGAUGAUACUGAUGAUGAUCCUUUGGUUGUCAAAGAUGUGGUCAAACAAUAUCCAACCAAAGUUGUAUUGGCUGUCAAUCAUGUAGCGUUUAGUGCAAAACAAAAUGAAUGUUUCGGUUUACUUGGAUUCAACGGAGCAGGAAAAACAUCAUUAUUCAAAAUUAUUAUUGGUGAAGAAUUGCCAACUGAAGGAGGAAUCUAUAUUGAUGGUGAAAAAAUGCAUGAAUUAAUAAAAGGUGGCUCUAAAGAAGUGGGCUAUUGUCCACAAUUUGAUUGCACCAUUGAUUUUUUAACCGUUGAAGAUUUUCUAACAUUAUUUGCUCGAAUUCGUGGCAUAACUGGUGAUCGUGUAGAAAUUGUUGUUAAAAGUGUUGCAAAAUUAUUUAUGCUAGAAAAAUUUUAUAAACAAUAUGCUGAUCAAUUAAGUGGUGGAACAAAACGACGACUUCAUGCAUGUUUAGCAUGUAUUGGACCACCAUUAGUUAUUCUACUUGAUGAACCAACAACGGGAGUUGAUCCAUAUUCAAGACGUCAAAUGCGUCAAGUAUUUCAAUAUGCAACACAAACCGAUGUUACAAUUAUCUUAACAAGUCAUUCAAUGGAAGAAUGUGAAAUAUUGUGUAACCGUCUGGGAAUCAUGGUUAAAGGUCAACUACAAUGUUUAGGUAAUAUACAACAUUUAAAAGCAAAAUUUGGUAAAGGUUAUACAAUUGAUGUCAAAUUAAAAGUGGAUAAAGACAAUGACGAUGAUCAACGACUUGAAGAUUUAUACAAUUAUUUAAAUUCAAAUGUACCUAUUGAAUUGUUACAUCAGACAAACAACACAGGUUUAUUUCAAUCAGAAUCAUCACCUGCACUUCUAUUUCAUUUAAUUGAACAUGCUAAAGCACAAUAUGAUAUUGAAACGUAUGCCGUUCAACAAACAACACUUGAACAAAUAUUUUUAUCAUUUGAAGAACGAAACUUAAACGAUGUUAUACGACCACAUGCAAAUGUUUCAAGAUCAUCAAGAACUUAG